ACAAAACGUCAAAAUUGACAAAACAACACGAAUUCUUUUGCAAGCCCGCAGGCGAAGUAGUUCAAAACAAUACGCGACCCGAUAAUGUGGGCCUAAAUCAUUUCUAUAUUAGAAAAGUUUGUGCAGUGAAAAUUACUUUAAUGUAAUAAUUAUGGGUACCACCGGCCAGUCUAUCACGCUAGCCAAUAGCAUUAUCGGCGUCGGAAUAUUGGCUAUGCCAUUCUGCUUUCAACAAUGUGGUGUGUUAUUAGCUACUCUAAUUCUUGUGUUUAUGGGACUAAUCUCAAGAUUAUGCUGUUAUUUCCUUUUAAAAUCUGCUCUACUUGCAAGGAGAAGAAAUUUUGAGUUUUUAGCUUUUCAUGUAUUCGGACAAGCGGGAAAAAUUGCAGUUGAAGUUGGAAUCAUUGGUUUUCUAAUGGGAACAUGCAUAGCUUACUUUGUUGUUGUUGGUGACCUAGGACCACAGAUUGUAGCUAAAAUGUUCAACAUAAACCAAAGUGACAUACUGAGAACAUCAAUAAUGGUGAUUGUGUCACUGGUAUGUGUUCUUCCACUGGGGCUACUAAGAAACGUGGACAGCCUGAGCAAUGUCAGUGCAGCCACCAUUGCAUUCUACUUCUGUCUUGUUAUGAAGGUAAUAUUUGAGGCUGGUUUCGUUAUGAUGUCGAGCGACUGGGCGUCACGCGUAGAGAUGUGGCGACCGGCUGGCCUGUUGCAAUGUGUGCCUAUAUUCUCUAUGGCGCUCUUUUGUCAAACACAACUGUUCGAGAUAUUCGAGUCCCUGCCGAGCCUGUCCCUGGAGAAGAUGAACAUAGUCACUAAGAACGCGAUCAACAUUUGUACCGCGGUCUACUUUACGUUAGGAGUCUUCGGAUACGUGGCUUUUGCAUCACAUGAAAUAUCCGGCAACAUCCUUAUGAGCCUGAGUCCCACAAUGGCGAGUGACGUCAUCAAGCUCGGGUUCGUUAUGUCGCUCGCAUUCAGUUUCCCGCUCAUCAUCUUCCCAUGCAGAGCCAGUUUAUACUCUUUCUUAUACAAAAAGGUACACUCCUCCCACCACGACCACAUAAUCAACCACUCGAUCCCUGAAUCGACGUUCCGCUGCAUCACCGUCGGCAUCAUAGGCGUGGCUCUAUUCAUCAGCUUGUUGAUCCCAAACAUUGAGCUAGUACUGGGCCUGGUCGGGUCCACUAUAGGAGUCCUCAUAUGUGUCGUGUUCCCUGCUGCUUGCUUCGUCAAUGUGACCUUUAAGAAUACUAAUGAAAGGGUUUUGGCUAAGGGCGUCUUAGUCCUAGGUCUAGUGAUAAUGGUACUAGGAACAUACGCCAACCUGCAAGCAGCAGAGACGAGCAUCGAGCGGUAUGAUGACAAAUACACUCAGGAGAGGAUCGACAAGAUCGUAGAGGAUUUCUUUGAGAGCAGGGUCAAAGAAGAUAUGUACCUAAAUCAGCCGCAAAAUGAUUUACAAAAUGAAGUUCAAAAUAACAUAGCGUUAGAAAAAGAAGUAAGAAAAGAUUCAGAAGUACAACCACCGAACCCCGUCCCACCGGAAUCUCAAUCUAACGAGAAAAUAAUUCACGCAAACAAUGUUAUGAAAACAGAAGAGAAAAAGCCACCACCAUUACCCGAGCCUAAAGAAAAUGCAGACAAAGUAUCAGAAACACAUCCAAGGAAUCUGAAAAAUAAACUAGAACAAGCCAAUGGUGCAAGCAAUGGAGAAGCAAAAGCUAAGGAAGUUAAAACACAAUCAAACGAAGACAAAAUAGACAUAAUGAAACAACAAAAACUCAUAGAAACUAUCAAACAACACGGUGAAGAACAGAAAGAACUAAUUAAAGAACAAAAAGAGAUUUUAGACGAAAUAUUGAAGACUAAGAAGGAAUUACAGCAGAAUAAGAACGAAGCUGACGAAGCUAAAGCUAAGAAAAUAGCUGUUGAAAGUAUUAAACAGAUCGCAGAUAUAGCUAUCAAAAGCAUCGGUGGAGUCACAGAGAAGCCUGAUCAAGUCAAAGAUGAUGUUAAAGUUGAACAAUUGGAGAAAAUGACUAAUGAUGCAGUGCAAGAGAUAGCUAAGAAGGCUGUGGAAACUAUAGAGGCUAUACAAGAGAUUAAGGAGAAGCCUGAACAACCUGCGCAGGUUGUAGAAAAUAAACCUGCACAGGCAGUUGCAAACAAUCUGCCAGCACAAGCUGCACAAGCAGUUGGUAACAAUCCUGCACAGGUUAAUGGUCAAGUGAAUCCUGCACAAAAUAAAGAACCAAGCCAAAACCAACCGCAAGCACCUGCAAAUCCACCAGUUUUAAAUGCUAUACCACCUUUGGUAAAUGGCAAAGUAGAACAACCUAUUGCUGUACCUAAUGCAUUGCCACAAGUUAACAAUAUUGUUCUAAAUAACGGAGCUCCUGUACAAAAUAACGUUGCACCAGUAAAUCAAGAAGUCAAGCGAGCGAUCAAUGAAGCGAAUAAUGCACAAAUAUCAAACAAAAUAAUUGAUAAUAAGGCUCAAAUUCCUGAAGCAGAAGUUAAACAUUCACAUUCUCCAGACGAACCACAGUCGUAUAAGCAAGGCGAAGACACACAGGGUAAAGCAGAAAAACAAAUUGUUCAAAACGUGCCUCCUCCUAUAGUUAAUGGUCUAGGUCAUAAUAAAAUUAAGAUAGAUAAAAAACCAUUGGCUGAAAUUGAUAACAUAAAAUUAAUACCGGCUCAAAGCAAUGGCGUCAAUUCUAACGCACCAAAGGAUCAAGUGAAUGGAAAUCCAGCAUUAGUAAGGCCUAAGAGAGAAGUAGUAGAUUGUACGAAAACUAUUUCUUUGAAGCCAGAAGAUAGAGCAAUUUGCAAUGCCAUGGCCGUUAGCAAAGAAUCGCAGGAGAUCCUAAAGAGUGUUGAUAUGAAUGAAAUAGCGUUACCCAAGUCUUUACUUCAGGAUCCGAAUUUAAUACAUCACUUAAGAUCUCUAAAAAGUUUUGAUAAAGAUGAGAGGUAAAGAGAUCUCUUUCUAACUUGGUUUUUUAUAUGCGUGAUCGAAUAAUGCAUUUAUUUGUUGAUACGUUUUACUAUUUGUAUUCUUGAUAUGAAUUCCUUAUAAGUCAUAAGAUAUAAAGACGGAUUGGAAUCGUUUUUGAAAUUUUUGAGUAUUAUUGCUAUUGCCAUAUUAGAUUACAAAUUUUCGAUGUUUUAUGGUGAGAAAUUACAAUUAAAUUUACAGUAAGUUAUGAAAAUAUUCAUAAUAGAUGCGAUAUAAAUAGAUUUUUGUUCGAAAACACACUGGCUUAGUAGCUUGAGAGACUCAAAUAACAUUAAAAUACUUUCUUAAUAUUUGUAUCGAAACGGAAACCAGAAUAAAUUCUAUUUAUCUCGAAUUAAACACAUGGCAUUUUGUAGCAGUAUAUAAUACUGAUAUUACACACGAAUAUAUGAAUAAAGUAGCUGUAUAUAACUUGGCUAACCUUAAACUACGCACUAGUUCAAUGUGAUAUAACUUGUCUAAGUUAUUAAUUUAUUUUAAUAAAGUAUUCGUAAAACAUUUUUACGUACUAGGUAUCGACACCCUUAGAAAUCAGUCUAUUGUUAUAUAUGUAUGAGAUAUACUAAAUUAAUUAUUAUGUUCCUCGGCUUACUCAUGUAAUUAUUUGACGAGGA